UGAAAUUGAAGAAAAAAUGAGCAAAAAGAAAAAAAAAUUUAUAAUAAUUUGCUUUCGUCUUUAUUUUCAUGCUUUUUUUUUGAAAAGUGGGAAAUUGCAAUCAAAAGUAAAAAAAAAAAUAACAAAAAAAACAAAACAGAAAACCUAAAAAACAAAAAAAGGAUAUUUGUAUUUUAUGUUUGUUAUCCUUGUUAUUUUUUUAUUUUAUUAUUCUUUUUGUUUUAUUUUAUUUUCAACAAAAAAAAAAAAGACAAAACUUGAUAAUAUUCACUUGUGAUUUUUUAAAAAAUAAAUUUAGUUUUGUUUCGGACGGUAUUCAAUUAAGACGACAACGAAAAAAAAAUUUCGAAAUUCAACAAAAAAAAAGCCAAUUUUUAUUUGUUAAUUAAUUAAAAUACAAGCAACAAUAAAGAGAAAAAUAAAAAAUAAAUUAAUUAUUAUUUUUCAAUUACAAAAUCCAAAAAUUUUAUAAUAAAAUAUACAUACAUAUAAACAUUAAUAUAGUUGAAAUUAAAAUUAUAUUAACAUAUACUUACAAAUACUAUAAUAAUAUACUUAAAAUAUAUUGUAUAUAAAAAUAAAUGGCUGGGCCAUUUUUAUCACCGCUUCCAGGUGAUUUAAUAACUGAAUAUAUGUUUGGGCGUCGAAGACAAAGAAGAAAUCGUACAACAUUUACACCACAACAAUUACAAGAAUUGGAAAAUUUAUUUCAGAAAACACAUUAUCCUGAUGUAUUUCUCAGAGAGGAAGUUGCCUUACGGAUUAGUUUGAGUGAAGCACGUGUACAGGUUUGGUUUCAAAAUAGACGUGCAAAAUGGAGAAAACAAGCAAGACUACAAUUAUUACAGGAUGCCUGGCGAAUGCGUUGUCUAAGUAUAGGCGCAUCACCAGUUCAAGGAGGUGCUGCUGGUAGUGGUAAUGCAGGCAGAGGUCCUUUAGAUGCUAAUGGAUCACAAAAUACACCAGAGAAUUUAUCGAAUAAUGAAAAAAAUUUUCAUACAAAUGAAACUUCAUCCACAAAUAUGACAAUGAUGCAUUCAUCAUUUAUUAAUAAUAAAUUAAUUACUGAUGAUCAUUUAAAAGAAUUAAGUGAAAAUUCAGAAAAAACUUAUACAGAAUUAAAAAUGUACAAAGAUAGUAUACAUACAAUUGAAAGUAUAAAUAACGGUGUCAAUUCAAAUAGAAAUUCUUUUGAUUCAGGAUGUAGAACUAAUUUAAGUAAUCAAUCAUCAGAAUCAGAUGGAUCUGAUUCAGAAGAAAUUGAUCUUACAUCAUCAGGAACUUGUAUUGAUUUUUCUAAUAAUAACAACAACAAUAAUAACACUAACAAUAAUAUUAAUAAUAAAUGUAACAAUCUUUAAUAAAUUUUACAUUAGGCUUUUACAAAAAAAAAAUAUAAAUCCAAAAUAAAUUCGCAUAUCUUCUUAAUAAUUUAAAACAAUGAAACAAAAAACAAUUAUAUUUUAAAUAUAAUAGUUAUGUAAAAUGUAAAAAUUUAUUUAAAGAAAAACUAAAUUGUAUCUGUACAGAAAUUGAAGAUGAUGCUAAAAUUAAGCUUUAGAUAAUAAUUAAAAAUAAAAUUAAUUAACAAAGUUUUUAUUUUGGAUUCCAAUUAGUGUUCUACUCUGGACUCUAUCAGCCUUGUCAGACAACAAAAUC